GAAACCUGUGUGUUGUUUAUAUGAAGCGGAUGGUUGUGAGUGGCGAUGUAACACUGCGCUCAGUGAAUCCGGAGUGUGUGUAACUCGGCUGUAGGCGGAUUGAGACUCGUGAUAUCUGUGUGUGUGUGUGUGUGUGUGUGUGUGUGUGUGUGUUGAUUUCGGGCAGAGUGGACUUGUGCUCGGGGAUUAGUGUGCAGAUUUCAGCUGAAAUGAUGAGCAGGAACUCGGUGGAGGUGAUAAACAGCAGGCAGGUGGAUGGCUGAUGAGCUGUCAGGCUGAGAGAGAGUGUGUUUAAGGGUUCCUCACUCAGAAGAGACGUCUUUGGUUCGUUUAGAAGACCUCCACCAUCACACAUCAUGCCGCACCAGGAUGUAAACGAGAGCACUCCUCUUUUGGACAGCACGGGGACUCUUUACAGGCCGGAGUCGAUUUUCCGAGGGCGGCGUCUGGCCUGCGCCGCCAUCCUGCUGGCCGAGUCUCUGGAGCGCGUGGCUUUUUACGGCAUCACCUCCAACCUGGUGCUGUUCCUCAACGGCAGCCCGUUUUACUGGGAGGGCACGUUAGCCAGCCAGGCGCCGCUCAUCUUCAUGGGCGUGACGUAUCUGGUGUCUCCGUUCGGCGGCUGGUUGGCCGACGCCUGCCUCGGAAAGUUCUGGACAAUCGCGGGAAGUUUCGUCUUAUAUUUACUCGGCAUGCUGCUUUUCCCCUUCGUGUCCAGUGAUAAGACUCGGGUGAGUCUGUGUGGAGAGGAGAUGGCGUUUCCUGUCCAGCCGGCCGAGUGUUAUAACGUGAGCGGGUCGCUUGCUGCCAACGUGACCUGCCCGACCCGGAAGGCUUACUGCAGUCCUGUAAUCUACACGGGCCUGGUGCUGGUGGCUUUGGGCGUGGGAGCGGUGAAGUCCAACAUCACACCGUUCGGAGCAGAUCAGGUGAAGGAUCGUGGUCCAGAAGCGACGCGGCGUUUCUUUAACUGGUUUUACUGGUGCAUUAAUCUGGGUGCGAUCGUGUCUCUGGGUGGUGUCGCAUACAUUCAGCAGAACUUGAGCUUCUCUAUGGGAUUCACCAUCCCCACUGUCUGUCUCGGAAUCUCUCUGCUCAUCUUCCUCCUGGGACGCACCGUCUUCGUCACCAAACCACCAGACGGCAGCGCAUUCACACACUUGGUGAAAAUCCUGGGGUCAGCCUGCUGUGGAGGACCUGCAGAGCCUCAGCUGCUCAGGCCUAAGCCGAGUCUGCUGGACGGAGCGAAGGUGACCUACGGAGGGAGAUUCUCCGAAGAGAAAGUAGAGGAAGUGAAAUCGCUGCUGAAAAUCCUGCCUGUGUUUCUGGCCCUCAUCCCUUAUUGGACCGUCUACUUCCAGAUGCAGACGACGUAUUACCUGCAGAGUCUCCACCUGCACAUCCCCGGCACUGAGGCUCACAACUCCACAGAGCUCCAGGAGGCGCGCUUCAUAUUCCCGGCUGCGUGGUUGACGAUGGUGGACGCCGUGUUGAUCCUGAUGCUGAUUCCUCUGAAGGAUAAAGUUGUGGAUCCGAUGCUGAAGCGCAGAGGCCUGCUGCCGUCCUCGCUGAAGAGGAUCGCCGUCGGAAUGUUCUUCAUCAUGUGCUCUGCCGUCGCUGCUGGUAUCUUGGAAACAAAGAGGUUGGACAUCGUUCACAAGCAGGAGCUGAUCAAUCAGGACCUCGGCGGAGUGACGUAUUACGCAGCCAACCUGCCGAUAUGGUGGCAAAUUCCUCAGUAUGUCCUCAUCGGCAUCAGUGAAAUCUUCGCCAGCAUUGCAGGGUUGGAGUUUGCAUACUCGGCGGCUCCCCGCUCCAUGCAAAGUGCUAUAAUGGGUCUGUUCUUCUUCUUCUCUGGUAUCGGCUCAUUCGUGGGCUCCGGCCUGCUCGCCAUCGUCGCUCUCAAACCCAUCGGCUGGAUGUCCUCACACCAGGACUUUGGAAACAUCAACAACUGCAUGCUGAAUUAUUAUUUCUUCCUCCUGGCCGGUAUUCAGGGCGUCACACUCCUCCUGUUCCUCAUCGUCUCGGUCAAAUAUGAUAAGCAGAGACCCAAAGUGAACCACAGGUCUUCAUUCAAUUCCUGACCCACACACACACACACACACACACAUGCACACACACACACACUGCGGAUUUCCCAGCAUGCCUCAGCCUGUGCCACACUACCUGCUUGCAGUUAUUUAUAUAUUUAACGUUUCUCUCUUCAGUCGUUUCGUAAAGAGAAUCACGUCUAACUGACUCCAGGUCAGAUUUAAAAUUUGGGAGUUUUGGUUUUGGAUCUCAGAUCAACAGCUUCCUGUUGCUCAUGUCUUUGGAUUUCAUUUUCAUCUCUCAUGCAGAGCUGAUGGCUUUAAUAUGAAGAGAAUAUUCUAACCCUCCCUGUGUCUCAGGACUGCGAGCUUACAGAGCAUUAGCGAAAUAUUUUCACGUUUCAUCUUAAUGAGAGAGAAUGUUCAUGUGCUUCAUGUGCGUUAGCAGCUUCCUUUACAAAUUAAAUGAAGAACAUUUUUUAAAGAUCACAGCAUCCUCUUUACUCCAUAUAUCUUCUGCAAAUAUCUCCAAAAAUCUCUAUCUACCUGCUUCAAACGUUACGUAUUCUCAUACUGAAACCAAUGAUCCAGACUGCACCAAACUGCACACAGAAUUAAAAAGGUUCAAAAUUAGCUACAGGAAGGAAACCUCAGUCGUUAAACACGUCUUGCCUGAGUGGAUGUGUCUGGUGGAAAUCUGGACAUUGUGUGCGUUUGAUGUUUUUUUUGCUAUAAACGUAUAAACGUGUGUAACAUGCACUUGUUUGGUAUAAAUUUCAGUGAAGUUUCAGUAAAACCUUCUAAAGCUGCUUUCACACUUUUUUCCCCCACAAACUUUUACGUUUCAUCCAUCAGAGUUCAAAGUGACGCUAAUCGCUUUUUGACUUCCUGACCAAUCAGGAGAAGCUCUGAGAACUCGACGAGAAAAACAAACAUGGAGGAGAAAAUGGCGAUAAAAAAUGAGUCGUGUUAGUGAGUGAAUAUGAGGAGAUUUACGACACGCUGAAUGAAAACUAUUUCCUUGCUGAUAUUCUAGCGUAAAACUAACGUGUGAUGUUCACUGUUGUUGCACGUGAUGUGACGUCUCACGUUAACCGUAGCUGCAUACAGUCAAGUCACACGAGCAGAUCAAAUUCUCUCCAAACAGCCUCCUCAUCACCCGAUAUGACUGACAGUAUUCAGUCUAAUGUAUAUAGCAAGCUAGGCUAGUUAGUUAGCUGGUACUAGCUGGGACUGGGUAAAAAGUGUGAAAGCAGCCUAAACUUUGUGUUUUAUGCCUGAUUGCACUGUCGUGUCUCUUCAGUACUGCACUAGAUCAGCGUUCAGCAUGUACCUGCUGGAACACACCUGAUUCGGCUCAUUAGCUCCUCAUCGAGGCGUUUACGUGUUCAGUGUGGCGUGGUAGCGAGGAUGACGGCUUUAAUGUGAUUUUGUCGUCUUUAGGAAUCAGGCUUUAUAUCUGCACUGUGAUUUGUGUGUUUCUACUAGUCGACUUGUUAAGAGGUCAGAGUUUAAAGUUGUAUAAAACUGGAUGGAGUUUAUUCAUACUGAGAAAUCAUUGACUGUUGACACUCUGACACACUUUAAGACACAUUUUUGUUUGUUCAUGUGUUUUGCACUCAGAUGUUUUUAUAAUUCAUUUUGAAUUCAUUUUAAGAAUUUUGUGCAUUUUUUUAUUGUACUUUAUUUCUGCUGUGUGACUGACAUCUAGCUUCUCUGAUCUCCUCUGCUAUAGAAAUAAAUGAAAUAUUUCGAAA